AUGCUAAGGUCCAGGAACUCUGUCCGCCGAGCAGAACGCUGGUUUCUCCUCUCCGGCGACAGGCCGGCAAGCCUUUGGGAGUGCAAGGCCACUGCAGAUGUUGGUUUGCGUCCGGUGUUCUACCUCCAGAGCGGGAACUUCCAUGAUUACCGGGAGGAUCAUCAAUCUACGGACCGGCAGACCAGGUCAUGGCCAGGAGCAGCUGUCCCAGGAGCCAGCGCAGCUGACGUUGGGCCUCCACCAUUGUGCAAAGCUUGCCAAGGGAAGUCCUCACAUCGUCGACAAUGCCCAGGGUUGAAGAAGGAAAUGAAGUGCGGCUUCCGAUGUAGCCGCAAGAUGAAACAGCACCUCAGGAUGUUUUGCCAUUGUGAGCAGAAGCUGUGGGGGCAGGCGAAGGCUCGCCCGGCUACGCUGCCGAUUGCUACCAGUUCCAGCACACUGAAUCCAGAAGACACAGCCGCCAAUCAGCUAAGACUGUUUGAUUCAUUUUCCGGCGAAGUACGCAGCCUGCUUUGCACCAUGCCUGACCAGCUGCGCGCCGAAAUCAUGACCAGACUGCAGGACAUCCGCAAGCUUGCCCAGGUCUUCAAGCAUACGGAGCUGGGAAGAGUCCCACUGUGCUGCCCUGACUCCAUCUCCCUGCAGAUGGCAUCGCUGAUCUCUCUGAUGUCAAGCGACCCUUGCGAAGUCCAGAUCUCUGCCCUCAGCGACGGCAACACAAUCUGCAUCGACAACACGUUUGGCAAGCGCCUCGUGCUCAAACCAGGCCUGGGCGAAGCUGCCGAGCACCAAAGAUUGACCCUCGAGCAAUUCCAGAGCGCCACGUGGGCAACCGCUAGCCAACAGGCCGCGCAGACUGAAGAGGAUUGGAAAGCCGAGCUGGUUGCUAGUUUCUUUUGCGAAGAAACACAAGGCUUUCUGUCUUUCCCAGAAUUCGCAACUACUGCGCAAUCCCUGUUGGAUACAAAGUCCCCGAUGUUUGCAUCCUUGGGAUUUGCGCGCAAAGAUGCGGUGAAGACAGAGGCAAGAGCAGUCUGGCAGAGGAUCCUGCUUCAAGACAGGUGGCAUCAGCGCACUAGUCGUGGUCAGGGAAGUGGCUUCCUCAUGUGCAAUGCGCAGGUUCAGCUCGAGAACAUACACAUUCACGGGACUACCCAAGGUGAGCGAGCGCUGGUAAUUGCCGACGAUGCAUCCGUGAUUCUUCGAGGCUGUCGUGUGUCAGGUCGCGGGAACGGCGUCUACCUCACAAACAAAGCCUCGCUGGAGAUGACGAGCACGUUUGUUUGUGAUUGUGGGAGUUCCGGAGUGGUGGUCGCAAACACUCUGGGGACCUGCCAUAUGGAAGACUGCCGCAUCUCCGGCAAUGCCAACGUUGGCAUUGUUCUUGGCGGGCCGAACGUCACAGGAGAGUCUUGCGUGAUUCAGGAAACAGCGAGCACAGAGAACAAGACUCACGGGAUAUCGCUUUUCGGACGUGCUUCUGCUAAGUGGUGCGGUUCUGGCAGAGAGGCAUGUGACUUGCUGAGUGGCAACGGGCUAUCCGACAUCAAAGAGGAGGAUGGAAGUUGUUUGGUUUUGCCUCGUGACCAGGCGAUAAAUUAG